AUGACAUCACUCCCAAAGACUUACAAGGCGGCGAUAGUUGAGUCCAAGAGCGCGCCCCUCAAGAUUGUCGACCAAGAGCUGAAGCAGCCUGGCCCCGGCCUCAUCCUCGUCAAGGUGCUGGCUUGCGGUGUCUGCCACUCGGACGUGGGCAUGCAGGAGGGCGGGUUCGGCGACGUCUUCCCCCGCAUUCCAGGUCACGAGGUUGUCGGCGAUGUGGUGGCAGUCGGAGAGGGUGUGAGCAGGUUCUCUGGUGGAGAGCGCGUUGGAGGUGCCUGGCACGGAGGUCAUGAUGGGACUUGCCGGCAAUGCCAGAAGGGCUUCUUCCAGACGUGCGACAAUGAGACGGUCAACGGUGUGUUCCGCGACGGCGGAUACGCGCAGUACGUGCUGCUCCGCUCCGAGGCUGCGGUUCGGGUGCCGAAGGACGUCGACCCGGCCGAGACGGCGCCACUCCUUUGCGCUGGAGUGACUGUCUUCAACAGCAUCCGCAAGAUGGGCAUUGAGCAGGGAAACAUUGUCGCUAUCCAGGGUCUCGGCGGCCUCGGCCAUCUUGCCGUCCAGUACGCUAGCCGCAUGGGCUACAAAACAGUCGUCCUCAGCUCGGGGGCCUCGAAGAAGGACUUUGCGAUGAAGCUCGGUGCGCAUGAGUACAUCGACUCGAGCGCGUCCGACCCCGUCAAGGAGCUCAAGAAGCUUGGUGGUGCAUCAUUGAUCAUCGCGACGGCGCCCAACGCCAAGAUCAUCUCGCCGCUCACCGGCGGUCUGCACGCUGGCGGCAAGCUCUGCGUGCUUGCGCCGGUCGGAAGCCUCGAGGUCGACACCGUCGAUCUCAUCGUCGGUGGCAAGUCGGUCUGCGGCUGGCCCAGCGGACACCAAAUGGACUCGGAGGAGGCGAUUGACUUUGCAGCAACGCACGGCAUCAAGUGUAUGAUCGAGCGGUUUUCUCUGGAUGAUGCGAAGAAGGCUUCGGAGCACAUGCUGUCCAACAAGGUCCGCUUCCGCAGUGUGCUGGUUAUGGAAUAG